GCCGCAGUAUCAAUCAAGUCGACAGGGUCCCGCGCAGGCGCUGCUCGGGUUCCUCUCCCUCUCCCUCUCUCUCUGGUGCUGGCUCUUGUCGCAUACAGAGGGAGCCCCAGUGCAUCGAGAGGCAGACGGAGCUCAUUUGCCAGCACAGUCAUAUCAGCAACACAUACAACACAUACACAUACAUACACACAUAUAGACAGACAUGGAGCUCCUCUGCAUGGAAAAUGCCCCUAGAAUCCAUCGAGCUUUCCCGGACCCUACCCUCCUCGCUGACCAUCGAGUCCUGCAAAACCUGCUGCACACUGAAGACAGAUACAUCCCCAGGACUUCUUAUUUCAAAUGUGUACAGAAAGAAAUCGAACCCCACAUGAGAAAAAUGGUUGCAUUUUGGAUGCUAGAGGUGUGCGAAGAGCAAAAAUGCGAAGAGGAAGUCUUUCUGUUGGCUAUGAAUUAUCUGGAUAGAUUUUUAUCUUCGGUUCCCACUCGAAAAUGUCACCUCCAGCUGCUAGGGGCAGUCUGCAUGUUCUUAGCAUCAAAACUGAAAGAGACGAUCCCCCUGACAGCUGAGAAACUCUGCAUUUACACAGACAAUUCAAUCACCCCAGAAGACCUCCUGGAUUGGGAGAUAGUUGUCCUUGGGAAACUGAAGUGGGAUCUCUCAGCCGUAACUCCAAAUGAUUUUAUUGAACAUAUCCUGGGAAAGCUGGCUUUUCCAGUGGACAAGUUGGAGCUCGUUAAGAAACACACUCAAACAUUCAUUGCCAUGUGUGCAACAGAUUUUAAUUUUGCCAUGUAUCCACCUUCGAUGAUAGCAACAGGAAGCAUUUCAGCGGCAAUCCGUGGGCUUGGCAUCCCAUGCCAUACCCUUUCAGACGAGUCUUUGACAGAGCUGCUGGCCAAGAUCACCUGCACAGAACUGGACUGCCUGAAGGCUUGCCAAGAACAGAUUGAAGCCGCCCUGGCAGAGAGCUUAAAACAGUCUCAGCAACAGCAAGAGCAAAACAUGCCCUCUAAAACUGUACAUGAACCAGACCAAAUCAGCACUCCUACAGACGUAAGGGAUGUCAACCUGUGAUCAUCCACGUGCAGUUUGUGAGGAAACUGCAACUCCAUCUAAUGCUCUUUUAGUACUACUUAGUGCUAUUUGAUAGAAGAAAAGACAUUCAUUUAUUGUAUAUACAAAAAAGACCCUAAUUCUGUACAUCAUGUAGGGCGAAAACACUGAAAGGCACGCUUGAAAUUACGUGAAACAUAAUGGUGAUUAUCAUCUUGUGAAAUUCUUCCACCCUACAGCUGAAGCCUUGAUUGUGAUUUGUUGACAAGCCAACAUGAAUAUAGCUCCAAAUUGAAAGGUUGGCAGAUUAUAAUAAAUAUUCAGGGGUCUGGUUUCUAAAUUUUAUUUUUUAAUGCCUUCCCAAAAACAUCGCUCAAAGUGUGCAAGGUACUUGUUUUUAAAGUCAUUAUUUGACUUUUAACUUAUUGGUACUAGUCACAAAGUUUGAUAACAUCCAGCAUUUUUCUCUCUGUCUCUCUCUCUCUCUCUCUCAAACAAAAAGCAAAAGUUAAUGGACAUAUGAAGAUUGUCUCCUCUAAACUGGAGUUCAUCUGUUGAUUUUUUUUUAAAAUGCUAUUUUUAUACCUGUUGCCUGAAAGAAAAAAGUAAAACUAACGUGGACUUUCAUUUAAUGAGGAGAUCACUCAGCAUCAUUAUCAUUCACUAUAUUUAAAUCAGUAUUGGUAUUUUGCUUAAUGGAGACAAUCUGAUAAAUGGGACAUUUCAAGUUUAUGUUGUAAUGACCCAUUUAACAGACUUUGACUGUUUUGCACAGUGUAGGAGAGAAUUCUAUAAUAUAUAGAUUAGCACACCUUAUUUGUUCUAUAGGAAUCUCUCAUUUGGGGCAUUUUGCUUGACAUUGUGAUGUACCAGUUAUCAGGCUUCAAUUCUGCUUUGCACAGUGAUGUACAAGGAUCUAAUUGUAUAUAAUAUAUUUAAAAUAGGGCUGUAACAGGAAACUAGAUUUGUUUCUCCAAGUGGACAUGAAAUUGAGAACUGAGGCAAUAGGGAUAAUGUUGGUUGAAAUUCGUUAUUCAAAAUGUUUCUGCUGGAAGUUUUGAAACUGGUGCAGCCCUUAUUUAAAAAUAUAUAUAUUGUAUAUGCUUGCACGCAUGCAUAUAAAUGGAGUGCUGGUUUCUUGAUAGUAGAAUAUGUACCAACUGCUUUAUAUCUAAUGAAAUAUAUUUAGUUACCUUUACACAACGUUACAGACAUGAGAAAUGUUGGUAUAUAAACAGCAUCAGAGAGGGCUGUGAAGUCCUCUACAAUCUUUACAUAGCUUCUCAAAGUUUUACAGUUCAAAUUUCAUUUAAAAUCUAUUUUAAAACUUAAUUAUUGUAAAGAUUACAGUAGACUUGUCAAUAUUGUUUUUGAAGCAGACCCACCCACAUUAUUAUGGUAACAUCAUUUAUGCUGAGUUAUUAAAACAUUAGCUUGACCGUGGUGUGCACAUAGCCACAAUUUUUUCUAUGUAGAUCAAGAAUUGCUCAAAGUGCAAUUUUUCAUCUACAGUGAUGUUAUAGGAAAUGUUAGUUGGGACAGAGAUUAUUUAGCCAUUUGAAAAUGGUAAUAUCAACCUGUGGCAAGCCCUCUAUGAAGAGGAGAGCUGAGGAUGAAUGAGGAACUUAACGUUGUAUAUUACAGAUUAAUUGAUGAAAUUUGCUGAACCGCUCCCACAAGAAUUGCCUGCAUUCUAGUAAGUAAACAAAGCUAUGAUGCCGAAUCAUGAAAAGAACAAACUCUGCAAAGCCUCACGUGCUUAAUGAGUAGACAUUGGUCAGCUCAUGGAGUUAAUAAUGUGCUUGACUAUUCAUGUAGAUAAACGCACUAAAUAGUAUAGGCACAAUUGCAGCAUAGUGGCCAAAGGGUGUGUAGCAGCUAAUUACCUGCAGUUCAGCUUUUAGUGAUUUCUACCUUGUAUAAGUAUGUCAAGUGAAAGAAAAAGUACUGGUCAGCGCAAGUUGCAUCAAGCCAUUCUUGAUGAAAUUCCCCUCCUCAUUUUGAAGGCAGUUGUAUGCUUUGAGUAUUUAGCUGUUUGCUGGGGAUUAUUGAUGAGCAGGAGUGGGAUGCAGUUCCACUGUACAUCAUUUAUAGAUAAUUAUUUCAAUUUGUAUAUUAAAGCUAAUUUGCAUUUCCGAUCAUCAGAGGUACAGUACAUAAAAUUAAUUUAGAUGUGAGCAUGUAUGUGUGUAGCUGUAUGAAAAAACACAAAUCUAAUAGGCCAGGAUCAGUUGCUCAAGAAUCGAGUCCCCUUGAAACAAAAAUCUUUGGAUUGUUUUUCAUGACUGGUUACAUUUAGGGAGCUGAUAGUAGCAUCAUAGAAUUUGGCAGCUAAAGGAGGCAGCCAUUAGCCCAACAAUUUGCAUUUAUUUGUAACCCCUUGGACAGAAAAAUAUCCAAAAUCAAUUCAUAUAAGUACAAGGUAAAAUUGGGUUUGUGUAGCCUGCAGAAGAGCUGCCUACUGACUGCCAUUUCCUUUUAAGUUUUUCUUCAAACGAUUACCUAAAUUGCUGUUCAAAAUGUACUGAUUCUGUUUCCAUUAUAUAUUUGUUGUUGGUAGAAUUCUAAACAAACCUCUACAAAAAAAAUCCUAACCUUUUCUAUUUUGCAAACUAAGCUUUUAGCUUCUGCCCCCUUACUGACUUAGCAACUAGUGGAAAUGUUUCUUUGUUUUAUUGAACAACCUCCAGAUUUGACCUUCGUGGCUAUCCUUUCAACAUCCUUUUUACUGUAGGGUGCCCAGAAUGGACGCAAUAUGCACCAAGGAAAUUGCCUCGGUGUUCUUAAGUGAUAUGAGAUAGUGAUGAGCAAGAAUGGCAUUUUUUAGUUUCAUCUGAUCUUUUCUACGCUAGUUUUAAGCCAUGCCUUUGAGGUUUCUGGCCAUUACCUACUGUAGUAUCUUAUCUGGAGGUAUACUUUGACAAUGCUGAACUCUACUUUAGAAAGCAUAUGAUGCUUGGAUAAAAUGUUCCAGACUCAAAACAUUUAAGUGUUUGUUAGUCAUUGAUCACAGUAAUGAUUUAUAUUUAAUGAUUUGGUGUCUUUUAUUUUCCUAGUUCUGCUUUGUAAUUACACAUUCUUUGUUUGCUCAAUUAGUAAAAGUUCUUGUUUGCCAAUUUUUAAUUGUGUUGAGUGCUGCAAUAUUUGCUCAUCAUGUAGGUGAUCCGUAGUAUCCCAAAAGAACGACAGAGGUUUUAACAGGAGAAUUGAAGUACCUUCUUGCUUUUGUAGUAGUUACAACCAGAUAUUAAGUGAGAGUUUAAGGGCCUGUGUUACCAUGGAAAAUUAUCUUUCAGCAGAAACUAGAUUGUGUGAAAUUGCUUAUACUAACUAUGACAUGGUUGAUUUAAUCCACUUAGAUUCUUAAUUGUAUCCCUUUAACUCCUUCAUCCUCCACAUUCCAAACAAUCGGGUCUGUUAUUCAAAGAGCAGGCAAAUUAGGAUGUUAUAUCUCUUCUGAAUUAUACUUGUAUAAUGUCCUGAGAAUAUUUCCUCCUGCUCCAAGCUGCAUGUAAGGAUGGAAUUUUAUUUCUAUCCUGCUGAUACUCCUGUUUUACAUGAAACUUUUGCUUUUGAAAAAAGGUGCAGUCCCUUUAAGAGAACUAUGUGCUGAUAAACUUAAAAAUUAAUGUUGCCUCAUUCCUCUGUAGGUGCCAUCUAUUGUUAGGUAAUUGUUUCUUUAAUGGGUUUUGCACCUGCUGCAGUGACAGCCAAAAUGAUGAGCCUGUCAUUUCUUAUCCUGUUGCAUGCUGCUUCAGAAAUUGUUUCAGAUCCAAGUUGAAUGGAAAAUAUGGUGUAUUCUCUCCAUGGCAGAGACGAUAAGUUGCAGCCCUACAUCAGCUACUUGGCAGCUCAUUUUAAGUUGUUGAUCUAUGUUCAAAUAACCUAUGAUUGGAAAUAUUAGAUUUGUCAGCUUGCCAACAUUAAGUUGCCACUCUUAACCAGUGCAGUCUGUUGCUUGCCUGGUUUGUGUAUUUGGGUAGUACAGUGUGUGAUUUAUGAAUGUGCUUGUGGCACUGGAACCUUUCCCCACUGACACCCGUCUCUGCUCAAGGUGUACUCAAACAUUGCCCUUAAAGACGUGAUAUACACUAAGUGCAAAUGUAAUGUUGGCAAACUGUCUCAGAAACAGUAAUGCAUUUUAAUCCCUCUGUUCUAUGAAGAUUGCGUAUCUUCUUGGGGGGGGGGGGCGCAGUUAAUCACUCAUAUUUUGAUUAGCAUUCGACAUUAGUCAAAGCUAUCAAUUCUAGAUAGAUCAAUGAUCAAACAAUAGUCCAGGUCUGCUUAGUAACAUCUAAGUUUUCUGGUUUAAAAUAAAAAAGUUUGCUGUCUAAUUUGCUAUGUGGAAGCUCUUCAGUAAUUUUUGGACAUUUUAACCAUUAUCUGGUUAAUUUCUCAAGACAAUUGACCAAUCAGUUGCCCUGUUGGUUUGAAAUUUAAACAUAACUUGGUAGUUAGCUGCCAGUCAUCAUCUGACUGGUACAUUCUCUAUGACAUUGCCUCUACCAAUCAGGAGUCCACUUGCCAACCAGUCGGCACUUUCCUACAACAUAAAUGCCAUUUUACCUUAAUGUUAGUAUUUAUUUUGAAUUACCCUGAUCAGUGCAAAAUGAAAAGGUUCAACAAAGCUUUUUUUUUCUCAGCAAUGCUCAAAUAUUUGUGCCAUACCAAACUUGUUAGACAUAAAUGAUGAAAUGCAAAGGGGACAAAGCUGAUGGUUUCACAAUUUCUGGGGCCCAUGCAAUUUCAGUUUUUUUAAAAAAAUAAGUCAUGUAUUUCUUCACUUUUUCUUUCUUUUCGAUUUGGAGCACUUUUAAUAUGUUAUCUUUACUAGUUGCGUACAUAAUAUAUAGUUCUGUUUGUGAACUGGGUUGUCGGACAUCGAAAAAAAAACUUGAAGCUGAUUUAAAAAGUGGUAACUUAAGGAAUCAUAUCAAAAUUCAGCAACUAAAACAAUCUCUGGCUCAUGACAUUGGUACCUGUGACCAUGCCUGCAGGAGGCCAAGUUUGAACAAUCUGAAACUUGCUAUGUUAAUAGGUUUGACAGAACAAGAUUUUUUUUUUUUCCUUUUUUUUGCGCUGCUAAAAGGGCCAAUGUUUUACAUUUUUUUUUAGUUGUCGUUAAUAAAUCUUGCUGCUAUGAUUAUUUUAUAUACAGGAUUGUACAAACAACUGAAAGUAUCUGUUGGUUCAAGAGACAGUGAAAUGUCUAUCUUGGUCUCUCAAGGAUAUAGUUUAAAACUAUUAAAAUUGCCAUACUUAAAUUAUCAAAUCUUUGAAAACCUGUUGUGUUUUCAAAAUGGUGUUGAAUGCUGCAGUAGUUUUCAGGAGAGGAAGAUCAGUAGUGUUUGUACAGUAAGACCUUGAGAUAGAUCUAUAAUUAUCUUUGGUGUUCUCAAUAUGGUAAAUGUUGAUAUAACUCCCACAUUUAUUAAUUAUUGGUGAGAGGGCAUAUGGUCUGUAUUGAACACAGUUUCUGAUGUGCUGUUCCUUGCAUAUGUUUCAAGGUCCGAGAUCAACUAGAACUAGUCCAGUUGGUUAUGUAUCAUUGUCUUACGUGUUUUUUUUAAAGCCACAACUUUUUUUUGCUGCUUAUGUUAAAAAUCAUAAAAGUGAAAUGGAAUUAUAAGAAUAUUAAUUCAAAUACUUAUGUAAAUUUGACUUCAUGCAGUUGCCUUUGCUAUCUGCAGAUGUUCCACUUCCAGUAUCUCAGGUUACUAAACAGUUUCUAUGGUACCCCACCUGCUCUUUGCGACUUUUUAAAGAUCACAAUUACAUAAUGCCAUAAGGCUAAACAUUGUCUAAAGCCCUUCCUUGGGGACAGGAAUUGGUGCAGAUGUUUUGUUGGUCAGGUAAACCAUUAGUCUUAUUCCUUGUGGGCAUCUGUUUGGCAUCAUUUUGGUAGGAUGUUUUUCCUCAUUUGGAGCCACCAGUUUCAUUACACAUGUAUGCUUUAGUAUUAACAUUUUUGUGAACUAUCAAAAAUAUCCUGAACAUAUUACAGCAAGUGUUGCAAAUGGUUUCUUUUAAGACUAUAGAGUGAAUUCCUACAACAGCAUUAUUUAUAAAAGCAUCGUUGUGUAAGAUUAGGGAAGGUUACAAUGCUUUGUAAGUGAAAACCGUUUGAGAGAUAACUGGUCCAAAAAUGACACCACCUUGACGAAUGGUUGGAUGGUUCUUAAUACUGGAAUUGUGUGUUUAAAAGUAGCAUUCUCCAACCAUUUCACUGACUCUUACAUAAACCAAAAGCUUUGAUUAAUUGCUCUGGAAUGACAAUUGUUCAGAAUUAAUUUCUGUAACUCUGACUUGUCUUUCUGAACAUUGAGAAAAUAAAUAUUAGUGAUUUGAACUGUUGGUUUUUGAAAAUGCUUAAAGUCCGCUAUAAUAUUUUCAUGGAUGCUAAUGUGUCUGUUAGUCGUUGUGCAUUAUGUAGGUAAAACGUCUAGUUCAUAAACCCUUCAUUGAUGGAACUGAACAAAAUUAGUCGAGGGUUAAGGUACUGGUGGCAAUAGGGUUAUUUUAAUAGCUUGCUUCUGCCGUAUUACCCUCUGUGGGGAAAGAUGACCAGUGUUCCUGUUCUCACUUGCUCCUGCUGAGAAGUGCCACAUGCAUUGGGUUGGGUAAGAAUAGAAUUGGGCUCAGCUGUGGCGUCCAUCCCUUCAUUAAAUACUUUGCUAACACUUGUUGCCAAAUUGUGCACAUAAAAGGAUAGAUAGUUGGAUAAGGCAUAAGAGGGUGGUUGAUACUUGUGGAAACCUGGUCCUUUGAGAUUCAAUGGCAUAAAAUUGAGGGUGGGGUUAGAUUAAGUCUUAAAGAAUAUUCCCUUAUUUUUGUUAUCACUUUGUCAUCCAAUGAGCCAGCUGUAAAAUUUGAGUUGUUUUAAUUGAGUAUUAACUGUGUAACUGUAAUGAAACUUGAAUAAUCAUCCGGUUUAUUUUAUUCUACCAAAAGAGGACACUGCAUGUGCAAUGCUUGCAUUAAGUAGUAUCUGGCAUAUUUUACGAUUAUUUCAGUGUGUAAACAUCAUUGCAUAUCAUAAUAUUACUGCCAUUUUAUAAGUGCAUUAUCUGAUUAGCAUUAAGAAGUCUGUUUUGGGUAUACAUAGCAGAAUAUUUUGAGUCAUGUCAUUAAAUAAUAUGGUCUAAUUCUUAUCAAAGUACCAUGCAAGAGUAAAUUACUUUUGUUUUUCCACUGCUUGUCAAAACUUGAAAGCACAAGAAACAGUGUGCCGAAAUUGUUUUACAAGUUGUGACAAAAGGAAAUUGUACAAUAGUUAACAGGAGGACAAUAAUAAUUAUAGCUUCAAGUUAUGGCAGUGAGUGCUUGAAAGUAGUUAUGCCUGGAAUUUAAUCUGUGCCUAUUGUGUAUUCUUGAAUAUAAAGCUAGAAAUUCAGUUCCCUCUUUAUGAUAUGACCAGUAGGGAUGGUCAUCUUAUCUGUGGAUUGUAUCUGCUUUUUAGCUUUUGCUCAUGGCUGGUUUCCCUCCGAGCAGAGGAGUGGGUCUGACGACUAUAUGCAGCACCAUACCAGUGCCUCCCUAAUCAUAGUCAUUGUCUACCCAUUGUUUGGCUGGCUUUCCCAGCACUGGGAUAUUUCACUAGUGACUUAACCGCUUAAAUCCAAGAUGGCAACAAAAGUGAUAUAGAUGAAGCAGAAGACAAAUUUACAGCUUGUGAGAGUCUUUCCAAUAAAAUUCCAGAGCUACAGAAUUGAAGCAAUAACUUAUGAGAAAGGACAGAAACAUAUUUGUGGACACCAGACAAAAAAGUAUGAAUUUAGGUGCAGAGAAGUUUUGUGAUACAAGAAAGUUGGAUUUUUAUAGAGUAACGUUUUUGUUUGUGUAUUGACUUAUUCUCCAAGUAUACGUGGCCAUCCUAAUGUAAAUGCCUUAAAUGUGUUAUAAUCACUGCAGUAACUUCCUCUCCUUUGUAAUCUUAAACACUUAUUACAAUCACAUGUAAGUCUAGAAAGCUACAGCAAAAAACUUGAUGAAUUUAAGUAAGUUGCAGUUAAAGUCUGACAGUGGUUGUCCAACCAGUUCAGGAGAUAAAAGAAUGCAUAUAUCAGUUCUAUCUGCCUAGAGCAGCUUAGAUGAGUUUAAUUAAUCUACCACCAAGCUGUUAGGUGGACAUAUGGCAGACCACAGAUACGACCCUAACAACCUGCUACAAGAGAGCCUCCUUUAGCAGAUCAUAGAGUAACUUCUGCAACAAUUAUAAAGCAACUUAACCAGAAUCACCAUAUUUAUCAUCUUGACUAAAGGAGGGUUUCUGUACGUAGCAGGAUUGGGGCAAGCUAGAGCAGAAACAAAGUGUGAAUAUUUGAAAUUUUCUUCUUUUAAAAUAGUUUAAUUAUUACUUAAGAUUAUCUAUGGGAAAAUAUACUCAGUAACUUUAUGCAGGACUGAAGCAUUAAUAUUACAUUGACAGUGCCAGCCAACUGCAUGAUCAGGGCCUCUGCAUUCAGCAGAAAAAAAGAUGGUCUGCUGCAUUAAGUGAAAUUUGACUAGAGUUGGUUGUAAUACCCAUAGUAAAUUGCCUGCUGACACUGGAGCAUUUUUAAUCGUACAUUCCAUAAAUUGUGAAGUAGGCAGACUAUCCUGUGACAUUAGCCAAUGAGCUAGGGUUUUUUGGUUGAGAAGGCAGGAAGUCAACUGUUGCCUCAGCCAACCAGCAGUUUGACUAUGCACAUUCCAUUGCAAGGAGUCCAUUGUUAAACCCAUCUGAAAGUUUUCUUGUCAAUCCACAACAGCUGCUGAUCCCACCCUCAGAUUUUAAUUUGAUUGGCUGCUUAUCUGGCAAGGAGUGGGGUGGGGGCAGUUAAAAUCACACCACCACAGGCACUCUGGGCUUUUAACAUGAAAUGUACACACUUCACGGAGGCUGACUACAUAUAGAAUUAUAUUAAAAUCUCCUUCAAGAUCUUCAGUUGUUCUCUGCUCUGAUGAUGGUUUCUUAUAUAUACUGUAUUUAAGCUUAGAAGAGGUUUAGCGCAGCUCUACACAUAAGCGUUAAGCAAUGGAAAGAAUAAAUAUUUUGGGGUAUCAUUUAAAAAUUGCUGAAUCUAUGUUGCAAAAUUGUUGAUCUUAAGUCCUGUGUUGCAGCAGUGUCAUUUCAAAUAUAAGAUGUAGUUUUAUUCUAAUUGCCAUUAGCCAUCCUGAAUGAGAAGUACAUUGAGCACUGGGGGUUUGAUGGACCAUUACGUUAUUGUCUCAAAAUUUGAUUUAUGUAUGUGUUUAGACUUUCUUCUUUACUGUGAAAGUUUUUUUUUAAUAACUUUACCUGUUUGACUCCAAGUACAGCAACACUUGUGAACACUUCAUUCUUGUGGCACUUUAUAUUUCUCAUUCAUUGCGUUGUUCAAUGUAUUUUCCCAGUGAAUUAGGGCUCCAUCAUUGUUCAUUACUCAAAUGUUUGUUGCCGAACUAUCUGAAGUGACAGCUUUAUCUAACCUGGGUAUUGAGCAGUGUGAGGACUUUCUUCUUAAGUAAAUAGUUUAAUGAAGGUCAUUGAAGUGCCAAAUAGUUUGAAAUGCUUCCUCCUAUUGCUGCUGAUUCAGCAAUGGAAACAUUUCAGGAGGUAAAACAGAAUUGAGAAAGGCUAUCAAAUUCAUCAGACUAUAAGAGAACACAUUGGGUAUGAACUCUUUAAUUGCUAAUUCUCCCACUUGUGUUUAUAGCAAUGGCGUGUAAUGAAGACUUUAACUCUUGUUUUUAAUUUUUCAUUCAUUUAGUUUGAUGUUAGAUUUGAUUUUUGACACUGUCAUGAUUAUAAUGUUUCAGUCCUUUAUUCAUAUUUUGUCACCUAUACUCAAAUGAAAAAAUGUAUUUUUUGUUCAUUAUUGAAUGCUUUAGGUUUUUAUGAAUACCACAUCUUCAAGUAAGAUUUGACUUUGUGCUCUUCACAGUGUUAUCUUCAUAACUAGAUUCUUUAUUACCAAAAAUCUGGUUGCUGAUUGGGUAUGCAUAUCAAAAUGAAAUCUGCAGAGAGGAAAGAAAUUCUUUGACUUAGAGGGCUGUUGCUAUUUUGAUGUUAUAGUGCCCCAAUUUGGUUACAUCAGAGCCCUUUCUUAAAUUGUUCGACUUGGCUGCAUCACAGAUAAGGAUGUUAAGCCAUCAGUUUCACAAUUCUUUCUCUUCAGUAGUCCACCUAGGUUUUGUGGCUGUUGUGGACAUUUAUAUAAAAUUUCUAUUAAUGCACAAUUGUGCAUGUUAAAUCCUUUCCAAGAGUAGAAUCGAGCUAACAUUCCCAUCUCACCACCUAAAUAUGUCUGGAAACUACCGAGUGAUUUUGCCAAAAUGCUUAUUGCACUCCUGUGAAAUAACUCUUUUUUUUUAAUGAAGAAAUCAGCUUUAUUGUAAAUGUAACAUUCAUACAAUAUCCUCUAUUGUUAAUUUCAAUUUAAAAUUUUCUACUGUUACCAGAGGUAAUCGGUAUAUUUUGAAGAGUUGGAGUUUAUUUGGCUUUCAACUAACAUUGAUAAACCGAAAGAUGUAAUCAAAGCUCAAGCAAAAUACUGUGAAGAGUUGAAUAUGUGCUCAUGUCCCUAGUUGACUGCAUGAUUCCAUUGUAUGAUCUUUUUGAGACAUAGGCAGAGGCGCUGAACAAUAAAUGCAGUUUUUCCAAA